AAUAAUUCUCAAAAAUGGAGAUAAAUAAGCAUCAAAAAAGCAUCUAUUCGAUUACCAAGGAAGGAGCUGAACCCAAUGCAACUUCCUUUAACUAUCUUUUUACAAGUAACAAUGAGUGCAAAAAUCUUAUCAAGAAUUAUGAGGAUCUGAAUGAAUGUGAACUUGGGGAUGGAGAAUUUUCUUCCGAAGGUUUUCAUAACCAUCCAGUUUCCAACCCACUUGGAAAAAAUAAGCUACUCGCUGAUAAAGGUGGCGUCAAAUAUGAGGACUGGGAUGAAUUUGGCUAUGAACCAUUCCCUUUUGAAGAUCUAGCUAAACCUCAGAAGGAGGGUAAUCAGAACAGGCGUUAUUUAACUAUUGAAGAUAAAAACCUUGAUGAUUUUUCUAGCCUUUCUAUUAAUCCGAAGAAAAGAGUAUCAAGAGGUAAACAUAGUCAUACGCAUAUUUUACCGAAGAAGAAUUUUUUAUUGAUCCAGGGAGUUGACUCUUCCCAGAUACUUAAAAACCUCCUUAAUAUUGGCCAUUGCUAAUUUUACCUACUUAAAUAUGAAUUUUUCUAUUUAG